UUUGUAUCUUCUUCAGACAUUAAAAAUUUAAGACAAAUGACUUAACAUACAAUAACCUAUAAUUAAAAUAAGAACAAAUCAGGCUAUUUUCUUCUUCUUUUCUUUCUUAGUCAUUCUUGAUAGUGAUUGGGAAAAGGUGAUUUAACUAUUGAAAUGGGAUUGCCAUUAUCAUUAGUAGAACGGAAUUCAUUUAAAAUGUUUAUGAAAUUGGUUGAUAAUAAGUAUAAAUGUAUUAAUCGACGACAUACAACACGAUCAAUGUUACCAGGUAAGAAGAUUAUUAUUACAGAAACUUUCUAUCGACUGUGAAAAACAGACCUCUGAACAGAUAAUGAGGUUAAAACUAACUCAACCUCACUACUGAUUUUGUUUUCUUUUUUAUAGGAAUGAAUCAAAAAGUUAUUAAAAAAUUGAAAAGAAUAUGUACUGAUGCAAAAAGUCUUAGUUUGACUCUGGAUGUAUGGUCUGAUAGAAAAAACUAAGUGUAGAACCUAAUUCUCCUUCAAGUGAUAGCCAGAAAGAUAUUGAAAAUGGCUGUUGUUAGGCAGUUAAACCUUUUCUCAUGAGUAUUUUCGUCUUUUAAACAGUUUCGUACUCGAGUACUUUUUAGAAAAUACUCGUACUCGACGCCCGGUACUCGUACUCGAGAAUUUGCGUACUCGCCCAUCUCUGAUUUUAAUAGCACAGCUUCAGAUCCAGAGUUAUAUGUCGAUCCAUUUGAUAGUCGUUAUAAUUCAAGUGCGGACGAAGAUGAUGAAGAAGAAUUGUUAUCGACUCAAUCAAUAUCAGACGAUCAAAAUCCAGAUGAUGAAGAUAAAAUACCAUUACUAAUCAUGCAAAACGCGUAA